GUACGGGAAGUCGGAGGGGAAAAUCAGCUGGAAUCCGCGGAAAUCCUCCACAGGACUAUUUUCCUUUACUUAGCUAGCUAUCCAUCUGUCAACUUCUAUCCCACCCUUCCUUCUGUUGGCUGCCAAACCGCCACCCUGGCGAUGUCGGAGUCUUACGAUUUCCUGUUUAAAUUCCUAGUGAUUGGGAACGCUGGAACAGGCAAAUCCUGUCUGCUGCACCAGUUUAUAGAGAAGAGAUUUAAGGAUGAAUCCAACCACACCAUUGGAGUGGAGUUUGGCUCUAAAAUCAUCAGUGUGGUCAACAAAAUGGUCAAACUGCAGAUUUGGGACACUGCAGGACAGGAGAGGUUCAGGUCUGUGACCAGGAGUUACUACAGAGGAGCAGCAGGAGCUCUGCUGGUCUAUGAUAUCACCAGUCGAGAGACAUACAACGCUCUGACCACAUGGCUGAGUGACGCCAGGAUGCUGGCGAGUCAAAACAUCGUCAUCAUUCUCUGUGGGAACAAGAAGGACCUGGACGCUGACAGGGAGGUCACAUUUCUGGAGGCUUCCCGCUUUGCUCAGGAAAACGAGCUGAUGUUCCUGGAGACCAGCGCUCUAACAGGGGAGAACGUUGAAGAGGCCUUCGUCCAGUGCGCUCGGAAAAUCCUCAACAAGAUAGAGUCAGGGGAGCUGGAUCCAGAGAGGAUGGGUUCAGGUAUCCAGUAUGGCGACGCUGCGUUACGACAGCUUCGUUCUCCUCGUCGUGCUCAGCCACAGGGCAGCCAGGAGUGCGGCUGCUAGUUGGACACAUCCUGUAACGUACACAGACAAGGUUUGUGAAGACCAGGAGAAGAACAGCCACGGGAAACCCGACCAUGUUGGGUUCAGGUUGCUAUGCUGGUGACUCCUCCCUGACCUUCGACCUUUGCACGGACCCUUCAGAACCUUUGUUGUCAUGGCUGCACCUGCAGAGAACUGAACAGAAUUCCCAGCCCCGCCCCCUCUCAGAACUCUGAAGAUCUCCAAGGUAACCAGAGACCGCCCACCCUCCAACAAUCUGCCCCCCUAUUGGACCAAACUCUCCCCAGUCCUCCAGCCAGGAUGUGAAUUACUGACUAGCUUCUCCUACCUUUCUACUUCACACCUGCCUACGCCGCUUUUCACACUUUGUUUUCCUACUGGUUCCUGUCCAGCUUCUGGCUGCACUACUUAAAGCUGCUGUCCGGAGUUUGAAUCGCAGCGUCUCCCAAAACGCUGUUGGUCCCACCGUCCCUCCCUCUGAUUUCGCCCCUUUAUUUGUGCACGCGCGCAGUACAUGAGAGGAGUGCCCGGAGUGCUGCAGCAUCUCGCCUGUUUUGCUGUUUUCCCCUCUUCUGCAUUUAGUACAUUUAGUAAAUAAUAAAGGAAUUACGUUAGAAUGCUGUAUUGAGUCUAACUUGUCCUAAUACCAAAAUAACAUGAAUCUGCUAGGACGAACGAGUAAAGUUUCAAUAUGUGAUUACACUCGUGUAUCCCUCUCGAUGACGUUGUUUAUCAAACUUAGUGCAUUUACGCGUGUAUAUGUGUUAGAUUGUUUAUUUAUUUCUAGCUAGAGUUCAGAAUUGCAUGACUCCUCUGACGAAGAGUGUGUCCCAGACGCCCCAGCAUCUUCCUCCAGAGGUCGGGCAUCUAAACGAAGCCGUCAGGCGGGCUAUGGAGGCCGUGGUCGGGGAGCGACGCGAGCACCCCGAGCCAAAAAACGUCCUGCAGUCUCUUGGCCUGACAAGCCGUGGGAUUGGUAACUUUUCUGGAAGUUGCUGAGCCCUGAUGCUCUCUCCUCCACAAGCAAAACAAAUGUGCGCGCGGUUGCGUAGUGCGUAGCUCGCCCACCUCUGCAUGGGCUUGCUUGCUGUGCGCGUAACCGUUGAUUGACAGCAUGACAAAGCUGAAGCUCGAACUUGAUUGGUCGGCAGCAACCGGCGCUUUUUGGAAUAACAUGGGGGUCUAUGAGAGGAAGGCGGAGCUCAGGAAUAAAUUUUCAUAUCGCGUUAUACUAACUUUAUAUUAUAGUAUCGAACUAGACUAACACAUUUAAGCUUUGUUAAAAAAUGAUACAUAAAUUGAAAACAAACGGAAACUCCGGACAGCAGCUUUAAAGGAGCAAUCGACAUUUUGAGCAGAUAUCACACAUUAUUUAAGCUUUUUUCAUACAUGCAAUAAGUAACAUUGCUGGCUGCAUUCUGUUGUUCAGACAAAGACCACAUUUACAUUAAUGUUCCUCACUGCUUCGUUUGGAGACACCCACAAUAGUGAUGGAGAGAGGCACUGUACACACACGAUACUUACCAUACAUACAAGAUUGAGCUGUUGGUAUGUCAUAAUCUUGUGCAUUCCCUAUCCAUUAAUGUGACUGCAUGCAGUUCAGCCAUGUGCCAUGUUGAAAGUGACACAUAAAUGCUACUAGAUCCGACCUAGUAGCUUACAAAACACUCACCAGUGUGAUCAUUCAGCCAUGAAGUCAACAUGAUUGGAUGCCAUCAGAUUAAUGGAUAGGAGUGCAUGUUUGAAAGGGGCUUCAGUUAAAGGUACGUGGAAUUUUGGAGCGAAUCACACGAACCUUCAUGCUAAGCUAAGCUAACUGCCUCCUGACUUCAGCUUGAUAUACUAAUGCAAGGUAUCAGUUCUGUCAUCUAAGAAGAAUUAUGUAACCUUUAACUACAUAGUCCUCCCUUUUCACUGCACCUCUCUUUCUCUAUUAACCUCCUGCUCAGCUGUUUUAAACACACCACUAACAGUUCACAGACUGCCUGUACAUUUUGCUCUCUCUGUAUGCCUGCUCUGCUUUCCCCUUAUACAAGUUCUCUCUGAGCAAAGUUGCCACCAAAUGACAUGUUAUCAGUUUCCCUGCUGUGCCCUCUGGCCCUCGAUCUGUACCUUUCUUGCAUUGUUUACAUCCCUCCUCUCUCUCCUCCGGUCCUCCUGCAGCAUCGUUACACACUGUACAGUGUUCCUGUAUAUAGAGACUGACGCAUGUUUUCUCAAACAGAAUAUCAGAGUAUUUCAUUAUGAAGAUAUAUGUAUAUUAAAGUCGAUAUCAUAUUCAGCAUCUGUUUCAUGCUCCACUGUAUUAUCAUGUUAAGCUACAAUACACUGGCAACUUGUGAGCAGUACAGAUGAGCAGUACUGUUUUCAGCAAUCAUGUGUAUCGUGGAUGUGGAUUUUAUUAUCAUUAUGAGGAUGAAUGCUGACAAAAAAAAUCAGACCGAGGCAGCCUGAAAUAUUGUGAGAAAGCACUGGGCUUUCUGUUUGUUUGUUGAAGUCAUUUGUGUGAGAUGUUAUUUUUGGAUUUACAGUGGCAGAUUCAGGAUUCGCCACUGAGUUACAUGGUGGCGUAACACACCUUUAUCAGAACGAUUCCAUUCAUGACAAAGACUGAUUUCUCACUUCUAAAUGUUGCCUGUUUACAUGAGACUGACUGACGCUGCCAGCUGUGGGGUUAUACUAACUGAAAGCAUUUGAAGAUUUAGCAAAACUUUCUAAUGUGUGCUUUAUUUAUUUUUGUCUCUUGUUCUGCCACAUGAAACGCUAGUUACAUGCGGAUUUUUUUUUUAUUUACAGAUUGAUUCAGAGGCAUGUUUUUUGUUUUCUGGUGCAUUCAAGCAUUGCAACAAGUCAUUAUUGCUUUUACCUUAAGCAGUUUUUAUCCCUUAAAAGUUAGACUUUUAAAUUAGGCACACUUCAAACGGUAGAAGUAUUUCACAUUAAAUUAUCCUCAUGUGUUUGAUAUCUGAUGGUGGCUUUGGCUGCUCCACAUCAGGUUCCUGUCUUGUGUUUAUCUCAUCAGGUCCUUUUGUUUUCUAUUUAUGUAUGUCCGUUUUUCUGUUGUCAUUAUGAAUAUCAUAGAUUUUUAAUUUAUUGUGUAUGACAAAAGGCAUAUGUUUUUAAAAUAAAAACUACUGCAAAUCCAGAA